AUGGCAACGCAUCAAGCACCGACGCCUGAACUGGCCGGUUUGACGCUCUCCACGCGGACCGUCCACGCGGAUGACUUCAUCUCCGUGCACAGGGCAGUGGCGCCCGCCAUGCACGUGAGCACCACGUUUCGAUACAGCGAUGACCCCGACGACUUGAAGCACUGCGCAGACGCGAGCCAGCUGGCCGACUGGAGCAAUACUGAUCCCAACGCACCCAACGACUCGCACGUCUACUCGCGGGACUCCAGCCCCAACACGACUCGCCUCGAGGCCGUGCUCACGAGCAUCCUGGGCGGCCCGUCGCUGACGUAUGCCUCGGGCUUGGCGGCCUUCCACGCCAUGCUGGUCCGGCUCAACCCGCGGCGCAUUGCCAUCGGCGAGGGCUACCACGGGUGCCACGGCGUCAUCGAGGUGGUGUCCCGGCUCACGGGCCUGCGCAAGCUGCCGCUGGACUGCGACCCGGCCGAGCUGGGCCCCGGCGACGUCGUCCACGUCGAGACGCCGCUCAACCCGACGGGCGAGGCGCGCAACCUCCGGCACUACGCCGACGUGGCGCGCAGGGCCGGCGCGUACCUGACGGUCGACGCCACGUUUGCUCCGCCGCCGCUGCAGGACCCCCUGGCGCUCGGGGCCGACGUGGUCAUGCACAGCGGCACAAAGUACAUCGGGGGCCACUCCGACAUGCUGUGCGGCGUGCUGACCGUGCGGCCGGGGCGGCGCGCGUGGGAGCGGGACCUCCGGCAGGAGCGCGUCGUCCUGGGCUCCGUGCUGGGCAGCAUGGAGGGCUGGCUGGGGCUCCGGUCCCUGCGGACGCUGGAGCUGCGCGUGACGCGGCAGAGCCGGACGGCCGAAGCGCUGGUCGCCUGGCUGCGCGGCGAGAUGGACGACCCGUCGUCGUCGUCGUCGUCGUCGUCGUCGUCGUCGUCGUCGGCGGCCGGCCGGCUCGUCCUCCGGCUUCACCACGCCAGCCUGCAGCCCGAGGCGGGCCAGGAGGGCAGCUGGCUGCGCGAGCAGAUGCCGGCGGGGUACGGGCCGGUGUUUGCCAUGGUCAUGAGGGACGCGGACGUGGCCAGGCGGCUGCCCAGCAGGCUGAGGCUGUUCCACCACGCCACGAGCCUGGGGGGGGUCGAGAGCCUGAUCGAGUGGAGGGCCAUGUCGGAUCCUCACGUGGACCAGAGGCUGCUGCGGGUGAGCGUCGGGGUGGAGGGCUUCGAGGACCUGAAGAGCGACAUGGAGCAGGCGCUGCGGGGGCUUUUGUGA